AUGCAUAACAUUAGGGAAGGAUCGGAUCGAACUCUGAAGGCUUAUGCUUUGGAGGGAGAGAUUACCGUCCUGGCAACCUUUGAAGCUUUCCUGUUUAUAUCCGAUGACCGUCCAAUUAAUCUCGAGACAUUCUAUGUGGUUAAGAAUGCACAUCGCUCCUUGCUAGGCAGAUCUACUGCCUUGAGAUACAGUGUAUUGAAGCUUGGAUUUAGUGUUUCUGUCCCGAAGCAGGUCGAUACCACAGAAAAAGGGUUGAUUUUAGCCCCGGUUGUAAUAGGAAAUCCAUUCCCGAAGUUUAAUGUGCCCCCGGUGAAAAUAAAUUACGAUAAGUCGCGACCACCUUGCCGUAACAUAUUUACAAAUAUACCCCAGGCAAUUAAGCCUAUGGUAGAGAAAAGGCUACAAGAUCUGAUCGCAGCUGAUAUAAUUGAACCAGUCACGCAGGACAUGGACGUAUCGUUUUGCUCUUCGAUGCUUGCUGUCCCCAAAGGCAAGCACGAUAUCCGCUUGGUGAUCGAUCUCAGGGGCCCUAAUAAAUAUAUACAAAGAACACCCUUCGCCAUGCCGACACUCGAAUCUAUUUUGCCAGAAUUAAAUGGAGCAACAUGGUUUUCAACCAUAGACAUGUCUAAUGCGUUUUUCCAUAUCGAAUUAGAUACCGAGUCUAGGCACCUCACCAACUUUUAUACCGAGUUUGGGUUGUUUAGAUGCGUCCGUUUACCGUUUGGAUUAUGUAACGCGCCGGACAUAUUCCAGGAGGUACUGCAGAGAGUAAUUCUGGGAGGCUGCUCUGGCGUGAAAAACUACCUGGACGAUGUCCUUGUGUUUGGGUCUACCAAGGAAAUCCAUGAUGCCAACCUAGAAGAGGUGCUGAAUCGGCUACGACAGCAUAAUGUUAAAUUGAAUGAUUCCAAAUGCGUCUUCAGUAGUCAAGCGGUACAGUUCGUAGGAUUUUUGCUAACUUCGAAAGGUUGGAGCGUAACUGAUGAAAAAAUGAGGGCUAUCCAGAGCUUUAGAACCCCAACUUCCUGUACGGAGGUUAAAAGCUUUCUAGGAUUGGUAACGUUUGCAGAUAGAUUCAUUCAGCGAAGAGCAGAUUUAACGGUGCAUCUGCGAACUCUGGCGAAUUCUAAACAGUUCUAUUGGACAGAACUUGAAGAUAAGGAAUUCAAUUAUCUGCAGGAUAAUGCACUAAAGACCAUAAAAGUCCUAGGUUACUACAGUACUACAGACGAUACAGAGCUGUACGUGGAUGCUAGCCCCAUCGGAUUGGGAGCAGUUCUCAUACAAUACGAUAACGACAAGGUGCCACGCAUAAUAGCCUGCGCAUCUAAAUCCCUAACCCCAACGGAACAGAGGUACCCGCAAACGCAAAGAGAGGCGUUAGGCGUUGUCUGGGGAGUCGAACGAUUUUCGUCCUAUCUCUUGGGACGAUCAUUCGUAAUCCGUACAGACGCACAAGCCAAUGAAUUUAUUUUCAGUACUACUCAUAGGCUGGGUAGAAGGGCCAUAUCUCGCGCAGAGUCAUGGGCAUUACGUCUCCAGCCCUAUGAUUUUACCGUGAAGGGAGUGAGAGGACAGCAGAACCUGGCAGACGCAUUAUCGCGUUUGAUACAUGAUUCCCAAACAGCGGAACCUUUCGAAGAAAAUGACACAGGAAACCUUCUAUACGCGUUGGGUGACUCGAUGGAUAUCACGUGGGAAGAAAUCGAGAAAGAAUCAGAAGAUGAUGAAGAACUCUGCAAACUCCACGAUGCAUUAAUUUCUGAUAAAUGGCCGAAAGAGCUACGUAAAUAUGAAACACAAAAGAAGAACAUAAACAUGAUUGGCUUUCUGAUUUUCAAAGGAGAUCGCACUAUUCUUCCUAUAUCACUUCGCAGAAAAGCGUUGAAAGCUGCUCACGGUGGGCACGUAGGAGAAUCGGCGAUGAAAAAGAUUGUGCGAGAAUUUUUUUGGUGGCCGGGCAUGUCGGUAGAUGCCGAGAAGUUCGUGAAAAAUUGCGAAACAUGCGCGAUGCUUUCCAGGAAAAAUCCGCCCCUGCCCCUGUCUUCGAGAGAACUACCAGAUGGACCAUGGCAAAUCCUACAGGUUGAUUUUCUUUCAAUACCUGGUUGUGGUUCCAGUGAGUUUUUAAUCCUAGUGGACACACACUCUAGAUACUUGACAGUCAUGGAAAUGAAAUCAAAAGAUGCUGAUAGUACAAACAAGGCUCUGUGUGAGAUUUUCAAGAUGUGGGGUUGUCCUUUGAUUCUCCAAAGCGACAACGGCCCCCCCUUCCAGAGUACCAACUAUAUUCAGUUUUGGGAGAACAAAGGAGUCAAAAUUCGUAAAUCGAUUCCACUAUCACCUCAAUCAAACGGAGCUGUGGAACGCCAAAACCAAGGCGUGAUAAAGGCGGUAGCUGCUUCAAAAUUAGAUGGUACUAACUGGCGACAUGCUUUGCAUCAGUAUGUACACAACCAUAAUACGUUGGUUCCCCAUUCCCGUUUGGGCGUAACACCAUUCGAGUUGCUUGUAGGCUGGAAAUUUAGAGGUAACUUUCCCAGCCUAUGGAACCCGAAGCAACUCGACUACGAUCAUAUUCGAGAAAAGGAUUCGGAAGCCAAAUUCAUCAGUAAACAAGAUGCAGAUGCAGCCCGUGGAUCCAAAAACUCCAGUAUCCAGGUUGGAGAUACAGUGCUAAUGGCUCAGCAACGGAAGUCGAAAACGGAUCCAACAUUUGGUGCAGAACAUUUCAAAGUGGUGGCCAGAGACGGGGCCAAGAUUGUCAUCCUGAGUCGCAGCGGUGUGCAGUACACUCGAAACGUGCAAGAUGUGAAAAUUGCACCAGCUGAAUAUCACCUUGAAGAAACGGACGAUACCGAGGAGAUUGACGAGGCUUCACAUUCGACACUGGACAUUCCAUUGGCUGUUGCCGAUGACAAACAUUCAGAACUGGAUGCAGCAAUAAGUUCAUCAACCCGUCAUGAAAUUUCACCGAACAGAAUCCUGCGAAAUCGAUCUGAUGUGAAAAAGCCGAUGCGAUUUGACGACAGAUUUAUCUAUUCCAUUUAUGAUUAG